AUGGGCCUGAAACGAAUUUUUACCUUCAGGAGAUUCAAUAAAGCCAGAGCAGCAUUACUCACCUAUCAAUUUGACCUCCUAUUUUACAUUACGGCUGAAAAUACUGAAAAAUUUUUAAUAGAAGAAUAUGCCAACACAUUGAUCAUAGUAAAAGUUCUCAACUCAAGGGCAGUUAUAGAUGGAUUCGUGCCUAACAGAUUGAACCAGGAGUUACUAACAUUUCACACCUCGAUAACCGAUCAAAUGCAAAAACAUCCUAAUAUUACAUUGGAGGCAUUAGCAAUCGAGUUUGGAAUAAAAUCCAACACUGUUCAUGAUAUUCUUGCAGAAAAAGAUAUUUGGUUAGCUUUAGAUAAAAAUUCACCACUUGUUAAUUCUAAGUGCCGUAAGACUGUGAGGUUUCCUACCAUUGAAUCAGCACUCACUUUGUGGGUUGAACAUGCUAUAUAUUAUGAACAAGCUCUUACUGAUGAAAUAUUAAAAGUUAAAGCACAAGAAUUUGCGGACAAGAUAAACAUUAAUGAUUUCAAAGCUUCUCCUGGGUGGAUUACAAACUUCAAAAAAUGUCACAAUAUAAGCCAAUUUAUUCGUCAAGGUGAAGCUAAUUCUUUACCUUUGGAAAACUUGCCACGUUUCCGCAAUGAAUUACAACAACUUAUUCAAUUAUAUCCAAUUGAAAAUAUUUUCAAUUACGACGAAACUGCACUUUUUUAUCAUUUGAAUUCUAUUAAAACAUUAGCACAUGGCCCUGUAACAGGACAAAAGAAAGCAAAAGAUC